AUGCAAUCCGAGUUCACUGCAGUAUUUCCAAAGACGCCUUCCCGUGACUCACCCCCCACCAACACCAGUCUUAUCCAGCAUGGAAAUGAUUUUGAUGAUGACCCAGUCUCUGGUCUUCUCCAACAGGAGAUGCCCGGAGACUCGGCAGGCCCGAACUUCUCGGCCUCGGGGGACUCCUAUCCAUCCCUGAACGAUGUCGCGUCGACCCCGCCCUCAGCUCAACGGGUGAGCCAGUACGAGAAUGCUGGGACGCCAGGAAAGAAGAGUGCUGAACCUGGAUUUCGAGUCGUGUCUGUUGGACACUCGAGGAUUCCUCUGGAGAUGCUUCCAAAUGAGGUUCUCACUCAUAUCCUGUCGCAUCUGCCCCCACAAUCCCUCUCGGCCAUGACCUUGGUAUCCCGGCGAUUCCAUACCCUUGUGACUACCCCACACGCGUGGAGAAUCGCCUUUUCGCGUUUCUUUCCGGGGCCUCGAGCGCUAGAAGAUACGCGUCGUACCGACCCCGAAGAUUUGGCUUCCGAUAGACGGUUCUUUGCGCGACUGACAGCACUCGCAUCUUGGCGCAGCGAGUAUAUCUUACGUACUCGUUUGAUUCGCUCCCUGUCUCGUGGUAAGCCUGCGAGCUUUCAGCCAUCCAAGAAGCAUGGUACUGUUCGUUCGGCGACCUCGCGCAAUGGUAGCGCAAUCGCAACAUACACGUCGCAGCUCCUGUUUCCUGUGAGCCACAUUCACGGUUCUUUCAACUCUGAGAAGGAACCGAAUUUCAUUCAUGGCGCCUCGGAGCAAGGCAUUGCCUCUGCUAGUGACCCGUCAAUGGUGAAAGUCAGUACCUGGGGACUGGCAGAUCAGCGGAAUUUUCGACACUUUGCAGAUACAUUCCCAGGAGAUGCACCCUUCGGCCUCGGAGCCGGUGACAUGAUUGGCAUGUCCAACUCCAUGGAUGUUAGCCAACCAUACGGCAUGAUCUACGGCGAGGGAUGCCCUCAAGGCCGCAGCUAUUUCAUUUCAUCUACAGAACAGCGAGGGCGGUUUUUGGGGAUUUCGGAGUUGGGUUCACAUCCAAAACUUGGUAUCCCAGCCAUGAAUAUGAUUACUCAUGCUGUCUGCUCGGUCUGGAUUGCAAAGUCGUCAUCUAUUCUCAAGAUGACCGGAGGACUCAUAGCAAUAAUGUCUGGUUCUUCCUCAGGUGUGCUUACGGCAUACGCGCUUGGCCCUCAUCCAACGUAUGAGAAGCGCUACGAACGGGGUGAGGUAACUGCUAGAUGGGUCUUGAGUCCUGGUGUCCCGAUUAUCGGCAUCGCCGUUGACGAUAACUAUUCACCUAAACGUCAUUCGCAACGCCGAAUUUGGGCUGUUGCUCUCAAUGCACUUGGUGAAAUAUUCUACCUCACAGACCUCCCGCUGAACCCAGAUAUCCCGGUCACAGCCAAGUUAAAUGCUGAGCAACUUGAUGAGCUUGCCUGGAAAACCGGUCGUACUGUGCGCUGGGAGCUCGUUGAGAUGAGUCGGCGCAUAGCUCAUCCAGAUCCUUUUAACCGAGAGCUUGUGGAUGGCAGCUAUAGCCCUCGAUCCUCAUCGGAUUCCUUGCAGCUCGAUGAAAGUCAGAUUGCCGCAGAGACUAAGGAAAUUGAAAAAUUCCUUUCGUUUAAACCGAAGCAUUUCCGCAAGGUCUGCGAAGGCUGGAACAUGCGACGUGAUCUGCAAGUUGACUUCGCGGGCGAUGAUGGUCGUGGGGCUGGCCAGUCCGUCAUUGUCAUUGCUCGAGGAGCCGAUGAAACUGAGAAAGCAUCCAUUCGACGAUACAUCCGGGUGGCACCAAAACUUGACUUCAAGUCAUCUCCUGGAACGCCACUUCGCGAUCAACCUCGUUCUUUGUUUGGGGGUCCAAUUGGAGUUUCAACUCCGACUAGCGUCCCGGCGUCUCGAUCGUCAGGCCGAGUCAAUGAUGUGGCGCAGAACUUUGAAUGGCGGAUCUCAAACUUCAUCUUUGGUGACCGCAAGUCGGGUGAAGUGACCACUACUGCUCUGGAUAAUUCCAUGUUUGCGACUGUUACUGUUGAGGAAGAUCCGCUGUUGGCAAUGUCUGGGAGUUCAUUCUCGUCUGCGACUGCAUCGCCUAUGCUUCCACAUAUGGAACAGCCACGUUCCACACUUGAAGUCCCAGGACAACGGGCGCGGUACUUGGCCGUCGGAACAGCGAUGGGUACAAUCUACGUCUGGGAUAUUCGUGCACUUGCAGCGCAGAAUGCAGAUGUGAUCAACACUAUCUCCCCACUGAGAGUUAUCCAGACUGAGUCGCCUCAAGUCUCCUGUAUAGCACUCACAUCACUCUAUCUUGUGCAUGGUGGAAAUGAUGGUCUCGUACAAGCUUGGGAUCCUUUGGCUUCCUCUACUCGCCCAAUCCGGACUAUCAACUCCCGGUUUUCAUCUCGAGCCCGUCGCCGACUUGUUCAGGCCGAAGCGUCCAUGCUUGGCGUUGGAAACAACUACUUCGCUACAGGCGCUAUCAGCUUAGACCCGGACCCAACCGUUCUCCGCGGUAUGGUCUCCAUUGGUACGCAUCUCCGUUAUUGGGCAUAUAGUUCAACCGGCGCGGACCAAUACAAAAGCAGUAAACGCAGACUCCGCCACGCGCUACGCAGCAGUAACGGAGCUGGAAGUGGACAACGAUUCACAUCAAGUGGUCGCGGCGCCAUCCAGGACUUCAUUGAAGACGAGCGAAUCGAGAUCGAGCGACAGGGUAUCGAAGACGCCAAAGAACACGCUCAUUUGAGUGCACGUUUCGGAGUAGACCUUCUUGGUCCUGAUAUCGACGAGGAACAACUUCUCGCAUAUGCACAGCUCCUCAGUCAGGAAGCCUAUGGAGAUGCACAGAAGCGCGAUGAUGUUGCUGUUGCAAGUUCUGUUAGUACAUCUCUAAGUGACGCAGCUGAACCUAGUUCCUGUGGUAUGGAUGAGAUAUCAUCUUCCUCAUCACCUUAUCAAGAUGCGGCAGAUGACAUAGACGAUGAUCUUGCAGAAGCGAUUCGUCUUAGUCUCUUAGAUGAAAAGCCUGCACCAUCCCCUUCUAUUGAUCCCAUACAUUCCAUCCCUAUCAAGUAUGCCAAGGGCGUGGAGCCGCGGUCUAACUCUUCGAAUGGGUAUGGCGCGGAGAGCAGUCAGCAAAAGGAGAUGGAUGAUCUUGAGUUUGCUAUCCAGCUUAGCUUGGCUGAGGAUCAGAGUCGGGAUAUUCAGGAAUGGGAGGAGUUACCUGCUCUUGCACCGGGCCAGCUUUCUUCUUCGCAGGGAUCUGGAAAGGGCAAGGGUAAAGCCAGGGCGAUAUGA